GCGCCGCCAUAUUGUUAUUUUGUUUGCGGAAAGCCGCUUUGCUCGUUGCAGCGCAGUUCAUUCUGUGAGAUUUUUCGGCCCCAUUUGUAAACCCUAGUGCUGGAAUUUUGUGCCGGAGAGCAACCGGAAGUGUCCCCGCAUCGAAUACCGUUGGAUGCGAUAGUUGAUCGGCCCCGAAAAUGUCGAAUAUCGUGCUCGAUAAGGAUUCCUUCUACCGACGAAUAAAACGCCUCUACGCCAACUGGAAGGAACCGGAGUUUUCCCACGAUGAUUCGUUGCAGAAGGUGGAUUGCAUUCUGACGGCGGUCGGCGUAGAUGAGGAAACCAUUUACAGCAAAUCCACCUCGCUGCAGACCUGGCUGCUGGGAUACGAGCUGACCGAUACGAUUACGCUGCUGUGCGAAAAGUCCAUCUUUUUCCUAACCAGCAAGAAGAAGAUCGACUUUUUGAAGCAGAUCGAGAAGGACGGCGAGGAGGGCAUUCCGUCGGUGAAGCUGUUGGUUCGAGAUAAGAACGACAAAGACAAGGCCAACUUUGAAAAGCUGCUGGAGGCGAUCAAGGGAUCCAAGGAUGGCAAAACGUUGGGAGUCUUUUCCAAGGAUAACUUCCCGGGUGAAUUCUGUGAAUCGUGGCGAGCCUUCAUCAAGGACAAGAGCUUCGACUCGGUGGACAUCAGCGUUCCAAUCGGGUACAUCAUGUGCUCCAAGGAGGACUCCGAGGUUAUCACCAUCAAGAAGGCCUGCCUGGUUACGGUAGACGUAUUCAACAAGUACCUCAAGGAUCACAUCAUGGAGAUUAUCGAUGCUGAUAAGAAAGUGAAACACGCCAAACUGUCGGAGGGUGUCGAGCAGGCACUGACGGACAAAAAGUACGUCUCCGGUGUGGAUACCAACCAACUGGACAUGUGCUACCCGGCGAUUAUCCAGUCGGGUGGCAAUUACAGCUUGAAGUUCAGUGCAUUCAGCGACAAGAACUAUUUGCACUUCGGAUCGAUCAUCUGUGCUCUGGGUGCGCGUUACAAGUCCUACUGCUCCAAUGUCGUCCGAACGUUGCUGGUCAAUCCGACGGAAACGAUUCAAAAGCACUACACUUUUCUGCUUAAUCUGGAAGAGGAACUUUUGAAGGUGAUGAUUCCGGGCAAGAAGCUUUCGGAGGUUUUUGACUUCGGAAUGGAUUAUGCCAAGAAGGAGGAACCCAAGCUGGUGGAUAAGCUGACUAAGACGUUUGGCUUUGCCAUCGGGUUGGAGUUCCGGGAGAAUUCGAUGAUUAUCGGGCCAAAAUGUGCGGCUGUGUUGAAGAAGGGCAUGGUUUUCAGUUUGAAUGUGGGUCUGUCCGGAUUGGAGAACAAGGAAGCAUCCGACAAGGAGGCGAAGGUCUAUGCACUGUUCGUCGGGGAUACGGUGCUGGUCAAUAGUGAACCUCCGGCGAGUGUGCUGACCCAGUCCAAGAAGAAGAUAAAGAACAUUGGUAUUUUCUUGAAGGAUGACGAAGAAGAGGAUGAGGAGGAGGAAGAGAAAACGGAGAAGCGUCCGGAAAUGUUGGGCCGCAGUGGCAAGCGUUCGACGGUGCUGGAAAGCAAGUUGCGAAACGAGCAGAACUCCGAGGAGAAGCGUAAACUGCAUCAGAGGGAGCUGGCCAUCGCUCUCAACGAGAAGGCCAAGGAACGUCUAGCGAAGCAGGGAGGCGGUAAAGAAACGGAGAAGGUUCGGAAGUCGACCAUUUCCUACAAGGGAGUCAACCAGAUGCCUCGGGAGCCGGAAGUGAAGGAGUUGAAACUGUUUGUUGAUCGCAAAUACGAAACCGUCAUCAUGCCAAUCUUCGGAGUUCCGGUUCCGUUCCACAUCUCCACCAUCAAGAACAUCUCCCAGUCGGUAGAAGGCGACUACACCUAUUUGCGUAUCAAUUUCUUCCAUCCGGGAGCUACGAUGGGUCGCAAUGAAGGUGGCAUGUAUCCCAAUCCGGAUGCAACUUUCGUCAAAGAAGUAACCUACCGUUCGACUAACACGAAGGAACCCGGUGAGAUCGCUGCCCCGUCGUCCAACUUGAACACCGCAUUCCGGUUGAUCAAGGAAGUGCAGAAACGGUUUAAAACGCGCGAACAGGAAGAACGUGAAAAGGAAGAUUUGGUCAAACAGGACACGCUGGUCCUCUCGCAGAACAAGGGUAAUCCGAAACUCAAGGAUCUCUACAUCCGACCCAACAUUGUCAGCAAACGUAUGACUGGUUCGUUGGAAGCGCAUGCCAACGGAUUCCGCUACACAUCCGUUCGUGGCGACAAGGUGGACAUCCUGUACAACAACAUCAAGAGCUCCUUCUUUCAGCCUUGCGACGGCGAAAUGAUCAUCCUGUUGCACUUCCACCUGAGGCAUGCGAUUCUGUUCGGCAAAAAGAAGCAUCUGGAUGUUCAGUUCUACACCGAAGUCGGUGAGAUCACGACCGAUCUGGGCAAGCACCAGCACAUGCAUGAUCGUGACGACUUGGCGGCGGAACAGGCCGAACGUGAACUUCGGCACAAGUUGAAAACGGCGUUCAAGAGCUUCUGCGAAAAGGUGGAAGCCAUGACCAAGCAGCAGAUCGAGUUCGAUACACCCUUCCGGGAUCUGGGUUUCCCGGGUGCCCCGUUCCGCAGUACAGUAUUAUUGCAACCGACUUCCGGCUCGCUGGUCAAUCUGACCGAGUGGCCACCAUUUGUCAUUCCGCUGGAGGAUGUCGAACUGGUGCACUUUGAGCGUGUCCAGUUCCACCUGCGGAACUUCGAUAUGGUGUUUGUGUUCAAGAACUACGCUCAGAAGAUUGCGAUGGUGAAUGCGAUCCCGAUGAACAUGCUGGACCACGUCAAGGAAUGGUUGAACUCGUGUGACAUCCGCUAUUCGGAGGGUAUCCAAUCGCUGAACUGGGCCAAGAUCAUGAAAACCAUCACAGACGAUCCGGACGGCUUCUUCGACAAUGGUGGCUGGACGUUCCUGGAUCCGGAAUCGGACGGAGAAGGCGAACCCAACGACGAAACCGAAGACGAAGAGGACGAUGCGUACGAACCCACGGAUGACGAUGAUGAAGAGGAAUCUGACUCGGAAGACUACUCGGAGGCUUCCGAGGACGACGAUACCGUUACCGAGGAUGAUCUAGGUUCGGAUGAAGAAUCAGGCAAGGAUUGGUCAGAUCUGGAGAGGGAGGCUGCCGAAGAGGAUCGGAAUCGAGACAAGGAUGGCUUCGUUGAUGAUCGACAACCGGCCAAGAAGCGUUCCCAUAAUAGCUCGUCGAAGAGUAGCAGCCGCGAUAAGAACCACAAGGAUAAACACAGUGACCGACACAAGGAUAAGCACCGUAGCAGCGGUGGAAGCAGCAGUAAGCACAACAGUAGCAACGACAAACACAAGAGCAGCAACGACAAACACAAGAGUAGCAGCAGCAGCAGUAGUCAUAAGCGUUCGCGGGACGAAAGUAAGGACAGCAGCUCGCACCAUCACAAAAGCAAAAAGUCCAAGAAGUAAGCGCAGUUUCGGAUCCUGCUGACCACUCCCCUAUUGUGUCCUAACUGUAACUCUGUUUUAACCUGUGUUUUACUCCGGACUGAUCCUGGUGUGUGCGAGAAUCUUUUGCAUCAUCAACAUCAUAGACUCUCCCACACGUUUUCGUUUUCAACAUACGCUUUUUGGUCUUGGACAGAAGGUAUAGUUAUGGCCUUCUGAAGCACUCUUUAAGAACACUGUGUAGUUGUUUCGCUAAGUUUGGUUAAACUAUAUGUUAAGUGUACCUUUAGAAGGCUAACUUUUUUUUCCGAAUCACAAAUCAAAUACAUUCGAAUCAGUUGGUACAAUA